UGAACAAAUGCUUCAUGAAUGAGCUCAGUCACUCUACACAAUGUGAUUAUCGGAUAAAUGUUUAAACAAGAUACAAUAACAGAACUCAUAUAAUAUUGUGAAAAAAAGAUGGAAAAGGUUUGGGUGCAUUUUUUAUUGAAAGCAAACAAUUAGAUUUGGUGUAUUUUUCGAAAAACGUACGUCCUCCGCCGAGAAUCCAACAAUUUUUUUUUGUCAAAAUCUCAUACUUCGGAUGAGAGAUAGUUUAUUCCCACCCAAGCCCAAAAGUGGUUUUCAACUAUUUACACACAAUACGAAGAAAAAAAAACAUCACCGAACAUUUUAUGAUAAUCGAAUUGUGUGAUAUGAAAACCCGAAGCCUAAAAAUAUGAAUAUAAAACACUAAUUCUGAACAAAUUUAGUUCGGAGCCAAUAAAAUAAUCACCUCUUCAAAAGUGUUUAUAGUUUUUGUCUCAUAAAAACGGAAUACCGCAUUGAAAAAUGCCAAAUCGUGUUUACAUGCGUAUUCGCCAAUGUGAAUGAACUUUAUUGUGGUGAAGCAUAAAAUAAUGAAAAAACAAACCCCAUUGAAAAGGGAGAGAUAGAGUGUGUGCAAGUGUGUAUGUGUCACAAGAUAGAAUUUUGUACAUAAAAAAACAGGAAUUUAUAUACCCUAACAUUUUCGUGAAGUGCAACACCGUAAACUUUUCUUUAAGUAAUUUUCUAUCCGCUUUCUUUGUUUAUGAAGUGCAAGUGUUUCAUGCGAUUGUGUGGUAAGACCAAAAAACUGAAUCGAACAAAAGAAAGGAAUUUCAUAGCCCAUAAGUGCAAGCGAUAUGUGAUUCACCUGGAUUAAUAUUCAAUCAGGAUAGAAAGCGUAAAGUUUACACAGUAAAAGGAUGAAAAGUGUUUAUGUAACCAGUCAGGUUUGUUAGACACCGAUCUAUCGAGUUCGUUUGUUCGUAAAGUUUUCUUUUUCUUUCUUCUUGUGUUCGAAAUUUGUGUAUCUAGUUGUUGUGUUUAUUCGUUGAAAAUGUGUGCCACAAAAUCCAUAAACUCAAUGAUUUGAUAGUGGCGAGAGAAGAAAAAAAAAGCGUCGUAACAACUCAGUUCAAUCGAAUUUUUAACUCAAAGUGCACAUAAUAAAACGUAUAUAUACAGCCAAUAUAAAAUAAAAAAACAAGUUGGAGCGAAUGAAUAUGCUGGAUCCAGUUACAAACGAAAUUAUUUACGCAUCAAAUGGAUGCGAUGAGAUACAUGAAUCGGAAGAUACGGGCACCGAAUACGUCAACGAUGAUAACAAUUUGGAAUCAAAUAUUCGACGACGCAAAGGGAAAAUAAUAUCGUGUGCCAAAGAAACUAUCGAACAAGCUUCAAGACAAAUACGAAGACGAUUACCUUAUGCUGGUCAUUUAAUGACGCCACGUCGUUUGUGGUUGAAUAAAAUACCAACCUUGUGUGAUGUUGUUAUUGAAUUUCCAGGCGACGCACCUGACGAGGCAUUAAGAUGGCUAUUAUCACGUAUUCGAGCACAGCCACCCAUCGGGUUGGGUCUACAGACAACGGUUAAAGCACACGAAAGUACAAAACGUACGGCAUUCUAUGUAUCAGCUCCAACAAACAUAUUGUAUAAGGCUGCUGAAGAAGCUCGUCUUCCGAAACGAUUGAGAUCCGAUUUGGGUGGAACGUUACGUGAAUUUACGUCACGUGAAUGUCAUUGUUUUGCUCAAAUUAAAAAUCAAGAUGGAACGGCUGCAUUGUUUACAUCACAAGAAAGACAGUGGCUUGUAACAGUAGUUUUGCAAGGUCUACGGGCUGGUACAAAUGAUUUGACAGUAUUACAGGGGAGAGCUGGUGUCGAAGAAGGACAAAGCAUAAUCGCGGCCUGGCAACAAAGUGGUUUGAUUUAUCAAAUUUUUCCAUUACACGAAACAAGCGCCUUAAAUAGUUUGCAAUUAAAUUGGGUUCGAAAAUUGUUCAGUGCACAACCAUUGGACGAUAUUGCCGAAUAUUUUGGUGUUAAAGUUGCACUGUAUUUUGCAUGGCUCGGACACUAUACGUGCGCAUUGGGCGUUCCGGCAAUAUUUGGUACAAUUCUAUGGGCUGCAUUAUACAAUAGCGGACAAGUGGCUCAAGAUAUUGGUCAUGUGAUAUUUUCGCUCUUCAAUGUUGCAUGGGCAUCAUUAUAUUUGGAAGCGUGGCGCCGUUACUCCGUUGAAUUGGCAUUUCGAUGGGGCACAUUGUCAACGCCACCAGAUUUAUUAGAACCACCACGACCAUUAUAUAAAGGUAAAUUAGAAGUGAGUUCAGUGACUGGACGACUGGAACCGAAAGAAGCGCCAGCAUGGCAGCGUCUUGCAUUUCGUUAUCUAGUGAGUUUUCCAAUUAUCGGUCUAUGCUUGGCAUUAGUGUUCGCUGUGAUGUUUGUCAUGCUACAACUUCAGGAUUGGGCCGAUGCCAAACUACCUGAAAAGGGUUUAUUCAGUUGCCUAAGCGUGAUACCAAAAGUUUUACUAGCAGGCGCGAUAACACUAAUGGACGAAGCUUAUUUUAAAUUAGCCGUUUGGCUUAAUGACAGAGAGAAUUAUCGCCUUCAAUCGAAAUACGAAAAUCAUCUGAUUGCGAAGGUGGCUCUGUUCCAGUUUGUGAACUCGUUUCUAUCGUUGUUCUACAUUGCAUUUUACUUGCGUGAUCAAGACAAAUUGAAGGAGCAACUUGCCGGUUUAUUAAUAUCUCGACAAAUCAUCGGAAAUUUACGUGAGUCUGUGUUUCCGUACUUUAUGGAACAGUUGAAACUUGCAAAACUGAGCUUCGUUAUGUGGGGAGCAUUGAGUCCAACACAAGAAACAGCCGAACCAAUCAGUACCGAUACCAAGAAAAAUGACGAUAUAAAGGAAACCAACAACACAUCAACUUCAACACCUGGUUCUGGCACCCCAAAGCGAACAAUUGGUCAAGCUGAAAUUGAAAGUUCAUAUUAUAAAUACGAUGGCACAUUUUCCGAUCACUUGGAAAUGCUUGUUCAAAUGGGUUAUGUUGUUUUAUUUUCGGCUGCAUUUCCAUUGGCUGGCGUUUGUGCAUUGGCAAAUAAUUUAUUGGAAAUUCGUUCGGAUGCAUUCAAAUUGGUGCAUGUACAUCAACGACCAUUUGGUCAACGUGUCGCAAAUAUUGGUACAUGGCAAACGGCACUCAGCUUUUUGAGUUUGGCAGCUGUGAUUGUGAAUUGUGCUCUAAUCGGUUUAUCGGGACAAGUUUCGCGUUUAUGGCCUGGUUUAACUGCAGCACAAACAAUAAUAUUAAUCGUUGCAUUGGAGCAUGUAAUGCUUGGUUUGCGAUCAGCAUUAACAUGGAUAUUACCUGAAUUACCGACGUGGCUUGCGGCUGAAAUUGCACGAGCCGAACACUGUCGACAUGAGAUGCAAGUCAAAGGAACAUCACCACGACAAACGCCACCAACACCACUGUCAACGGCAUCCGUUUCACGGCCAAAUGAUGAUCAAGAAGAUACACCGCCCGAUACAGAGCUCAAUUAUCCACUAGAUGAAGAGAUUACAUUUACACCAAUCAGCCCAAGAAUGGCAUACAAUGAUCGUGAUAUUAUCAAUUUGAACAUUGAAGCCGAUGUUUGCAUCAACGAAGCAAUUAACAAAGAAUUUACACCAGAUUCACCAGUUGUUCAGCAAUUGCAUAAACCAUCAUUUGAAUCGAACACUAGAGUAUCGAUGCAGAAUUUGCGACUAGAAAUUCCCCCAUAUGCUGGCGCAUGUAAAAAUUGCAAGCAGAUCAUGAAAUUCGAAAUGCCACCAUUUAUCAAAUUUGGCGGAAAUAGAAAUGCAAAAAUGCACGCUUUACCAACAGGGCCAUCAACAAGCGCCUCAUUUCGAGUGUCAUCGCAGCCGAUGAAAAUAUUGGAAAUUCCUCCAUAUCGAAAAAAUCAAUUAAAUCAAAAUCCGACAGCUAUAGUAAAUCCAUCGCCGCCACGCAUACCAGAAAUACCAGCAUUCAAAACGAGAAAAUCAAAUGAUUGGCAGCCAACACCAAUGGACAAUAGUAAUCAAGAAUUCCAGCAAUUGCACAUACCAGCACCACUGAAUUCAGAUCUAGUGCGUCGCUUGAAGAAUUCGGAAUCGACCGUUCAUCGAAGUCAUGAUUGCAUUGUGGCCGGUAGCAAAGAUGAAAAUAUUACCAAAGUCGAUUCAGCAAUGAAAGUGGCACCAUCAUGGACAAAUGUUGCACAAAGAUCCGAAUCAAUAUCAAGCACAACGGGUGCCGUUCAAUCCAUUGGUUCAAAGAAGUCCUCUAUCGAUGACGAAACAAAAGGCCAGAAACGACAAACGUUAAAUACAAAACGCAAACGAAGAUUGAAGUGCAGACGUAAUACAAAUGAUAGCAAUGACAGCAAAACGUCUGUUUAUACAAAACCAAAUCGAUCCUUUGUUGAACUAUUUUGCUUAGGCCGGGUUAAAGCUGCGGAAUUGGCGGCGAAGAAGUCUCGUGUCAAACAGAGUUUAAUCAAACGCGCCCGAUCUGUAGCAAUAUUCUCUCUAAAACUGAAAGAACGUCGAGCUCGAGAAGCUGAAAAGCAAGCCUACAAUCUGGCUGAACAAGAAAAAGUGCUUAAUCCCCAGCCACCUGGAGGAGAAUUGGAUCUAAUCGGAAUCGAGCAACUCAUUCAAAUUGACGAUCUUCAAAAUAACAAAUAAACUGAAUGGUGACAACAAAAAUAUAAAUGAAGAAAUAAAAGAUUAUUCGCAAGCAAGACCAGUAACGUGCACUUUUAGACGCUGUAGACAGACAAAGCAUAGAGCAUGAUCAGCGGUCAAAUAAAUCUGCGGAUGCAAUUAGAGUCUAAAAAUAAUAAUAUGUGAAAUGUAUCAAAGCCAAUAGAGAACAAACAUGAUGUGCAAAAUUAUAUAUACAGAGAGUAGAAAACUCAUUGUAAUUUAAUCAGGGCUUCAUAGCAACUUCACGUUUAUUUUCAUGUCAACGCCAUCUAAAGCUAUACUUAGAAAAAAACCACUUAAUCACAUGAAAAUUGCUUGAAUUUAGAGCAUUCCAUUUGCGUUGCAAAAAAAAUCUUUAGCUUUUUUGAAAAUGAUUUAUAGCCAACUAUUAAAAAGCAUUCAAUGAUAGAAAUAGAGUUCAUGAAACAUCAAAUACUCAUCGAUAAUUCCGUGAAUUAUUAAAAAAAAAAUCAUCGAACAAAUUAGGUAAUAUUUUAACAAUUAUAAAUGCAAGAGAUAUCUAAAUAUUCUAGACCAAAGCAAAGAAUGAAAUAUUGUGCCUGCUUUUUGAAAAGUCUACGGAUACAAUGAAGAUAAAAACACAAAAGCAAUGCUGUCCAGAGUAUGAAAAUAUUGCAUUGGGACAUUUUUGUAACGAAAAAAAAACACUCUAAAAAUACUUGAAAAAUGAAAAAAGCUUCUAUUAACAAUUUCAAUAUACAAUUGUGAGCAAUACUGUUUCAUUCAAUCAAACCAAUUCGAUUAAUUUAUUCGAGUGCAAAUAGAAAAGUACAACAAACACACGUCCAAUAUAAAUUAGCUGCGGUGAACUUUGCUCGCAUCCGAACCAUUUUCAAAAUGUCAAUGAAAAAUGAUCCGUUGUCCGAAAUAUUUAUGUGAAAAUUAAUACCACAUCAAACAAAGUUAGAUCAAGUUCAUAUUUGUUGUAAAAAAAUCUGAUCAUUAGCCGUGUGUUUUAUUUUAUGAGACCACUCCCAUUCACUUGAAGACGUCAAAACGUUGACCUUUUAUUUUAUCAACUCUCAAAAUCCACUUCAUUUCAUUUAAUUUGAACGUUUUUAUUUGUUGCGCCGUGACUGUUAAUCAAAUUUUAUACUUUUGCUUGACAUUAUUGACAAUGACCAACAUUUGAAUAUUCAAUUCAUGACGAUCGCACACACAGCGAAUGCAAAAUUGAAUUUCACCAAAAACAAAUAAAAAAUUUCCACUUUUCUAAAAAAUUCUACAUGAUCAUAAAUAAAUCAUGUAAAGAGUUCCAAAAAUAUACCUAAUAAAAAUGUUGAAUAAUCGAGUAAUGGCGCAGCAUGAAAUAAUAAAGGCAAUAAGGCAUAUAGAGAAAAACACAGAUCUGCAAAUAAAUCAAAACCUAAUCAAAUAAAUCUCUCAUUUUAUACAAAUAGUUAGCGGUGCACAUAAACAUUUAAAUUUCUCUGAAUUUAGGGAAAAAUAAAUCAAAAUAAUUUACAAUAAAAUGAAUGACUAAUAAUUGAAUAAAAUAGGCCUAUGGGAAAUAUAUCAUCAAUUGUUAGACAUUCACACAUAUACAUUUGUUAUUCUUUUUUUUUGUUCAUUUUAAAAGAAAGUACAUCUGUCUCCGAAUAAUUUUCACAAAGUUAAAAUAAACUGUGAACAAAAAAAUAAAAAAUUCAUCGAUAUACUGUGUUGAAGAUAAAUUAAACUAUUCAAUGUGAUCGACAAGAAAAGACAAUGGAAGAUCUCUAUAUAGAAAAUCUGUGUGUAAAAGUAGAAAUUUACUGCAAUUUAUUCAAAAAGUAAGGAAAAACAUAAAGGAAAUUAAACAACGGUUAUUAUAAUUGUAAUUUUGCAACGAUCACUUUAUAUGUAAAUUCUACACGUACAGAACUGUCACUCGCUCAGAGCAUGAUUGCCAUUGAAUUGGUUUUUUUUGUUGAAUUCACUUUAUAUCUCUGUCUUCUUUGUGCUACAAAUUAUAGAUUGUUUUGCUCAGGAAUUUUUCUUUUCUGAUUUCGUACAAAAAAAAUACUAAUAUUUUGUUUCAAAUAGAAAAUUGAUAAAAACAAAAUCUAUAUUGAAAGUUUCAAUUUGAAACAUUGUUGAAUGCAUGCAAAAGAAAUUUUAAUUGAUUUUCUAUUUAUUUGAUCAUUUUCAAUGCAUUGGCUUCAAAGUGAUCUAAUUACAGCUUAAGACCGAGAAUUGAUGUAUAAUUGAAUUGCACCGAAGAUAUUAUUUACAUUAUUAUCGUAUUUGCAUGUGAUUUUCUACGUUUUCCAUUUGAUUCAUUUAAUUUGCGUCAUUUUUCCACUUACACUUCAUUCGCAAUAUAUACUAUUUGUUGUUCGUCUUCUUUGACUCGCAAAUCUUUUGCAAAUUGUCUUCUACUAUAUAUUUUUAUAUCGAAAAUGAUAAAAUUUUAUGUUAGUACGACUUCCUUGUGACAUAAGAUCCCCGAAAAAUUGUUGAAUGUUAAAUGUUACGACAAAAAAAGCACAGUUAUUCUAAAUGCAAACGAA